UUUAAAUUAGGCAGAAUAAUUCAACAACAGGCAGUUGAUAAUCCAAGACAGCAGUGAUUAUUCUAUUAAAAAUUACUACUACUAAAAUAAAAAGAAUCGAAUCAUCGUACACGACAACAGAAAUCAACUUGGACGAUUGCGUCUUAAAUCUUCUCUUGUGUCACAACAUAGUAUAGUUUAAUACUCCAAUUUAUCAUCAUCACCACUAUUAGAUAGAAACCUAAAACUGAAGUUGAGCUCAUUUGAAGUUAAACCUUUGUAAUUUUCCGUCAAUUGCUAUUGAUAUUUGAUAUUCGAUUAUAUGAACUGCUAUUGUUAAAGAAUUUGCAAUGGAGUCGAUAGUAUUAACGACGCCGUUUAGAGGGCUGGAGGAGUCAACAAGUAGUUCAGAAAGUUCAGGUUCGGAUCCUACAAAUGCAGUGAUAUUUGUAGGGAUCAGUUUGCUAUUGGGAAUCGCUUGCAGACACGUGUUGCGGGGUACCAGAGUUCCUUACUCUGUCGCUUUGCUUGUUCUUGGCAUUGGCGUUGGCUCUUUAGAAUAUGGAACACAUCAUGGGUUGGGAAGGAUUGGAGAUGGUAUUCGUAUCUGGGCAAACAUUGAUCCUGAUCUUCUGUUGGCGAUUUUCCUUCCUGCUCUUCUUUUUGAGAGUGCUUUCUCAAUGGAAGUUCACCAGAUAAAGAGGUGUGCAGUACAGAUGAUUCUACUUGCUGGGCCUGGCGUGCUUAUUUCCACCUUUUGUCUUGGAUCUGCCCUCAAGCUUGCUUUUCCUUAUAACUGGAGCUGGCAAACAUCGUUGUUGCUUGGUGGACUUCUAAGUGCUACUGAUCCUGUGGCUGUUGUAGCCCUUCUCAAGGAGCUCGGUGCCAGCAAGAAAUUGGGUACCAUAAUUGAAGGAGAGUCCUUGAUGAAUGAUGGGACGGCAAUUGUUGUGUAUCAGCUACUUUUAAGGAUGGUAACUGGUUGGGCCUUUAACUGGGGAGCCGUCAUCAAAUUUUUAGUACAAGUUUCCCUUGGGGCAGUAGGCGUUGGUCUUGCUUUUGGAAUAGCUUCUGUUUUAUGGCUGGGUUUCAUUUUCAAUGACACGGUGAUUGAGAUCACCCUGACUCUUACCGUGAGCUAUGUUGCUUACUUCACAGUAGAGUUCCUCCCUGUAUUCUACCUAGAAAAAUUCAGAGGUUCUUCCUGGCAUUGUCCACCUAAUACCCCUGAGGUUGAUGAACAAUUCCCACAACUGUCUGGUCAUUCUACAGUGUAGAAACAGAUGGCUAAU